CAUCUUUUUGGAAUGCUGUGUUCGCGCCAAUCGCACUCAGUUUGCCGCCAAUGGCCAUUAUAAAUACCCUUUUGAUGUUUACUUAUUUUAUUUUUAACAAUUAGAGAUAGAAACGAAUAUAAAUGCAAAUCCAAGUGAAGUGUAGUUGCGGGGCAGAAUGCCCAGAAUGGGCAAUCGUAGAAUUGCAAGGCGUAGUCGAAGUUCAGCCCGCAUUACAAGAUCGCCUUCAGAACCUGGUGAUUGGACAGCUUUGCCGCAAUUCUUCUCAGGAAAACUAUACUUUCACAGUUGGGUAUCAUGAAUUGACUGGGUCUAAGGUGACAUUGAAGAAGCCCUUGUUAGUUUUGAAGAAAGUCAAGUACAUGGAUGUGGAUCAGGGCAGUGACGACCAGUCGGCUAGUAAGGUGGAAUUGGAUGUGAUCGGCAUUAUCCGCCACAAGAUUUUGUUUAAGAACAGACCCAAGGCCUUAAUAUCAAAGCCAGAACCAGUCGUAAAGGAAAGAGCUAAUGCAGCAGGCUCCUCUGUUUUGAACUAGUUAAUAGCAAACAGGCUUCCCGCUUUCUUGAACAACUGAAUUUAGCUGGAGACAGAAAACUUUUAUGUAAAGAGCCCAUCUGUAAAAGCACUAAUCUUGAUCUCUUUGUAGCUUUUGCGUCUUAAGUUGGAACUUAAGAGUGGUUAUAUUACCAAUUAAGACCCUGAAUGUAAUUUUGGAA